AUGAUUUCGGCUUCCCCUUCCCUCCUCUACCAAUUCCAAUCUCAGAAUCUCAGAAUCUCAGAAUCUCAGAAUCUCAGAAUCUCAGAAUCUCAGAAUCUCAGAAUCUCAGAAUCUCAGAAUCUCAGAAUCUCAGAAUCUCAGAAUCUCAGAAUCUCAGAAUCUCAGAAUCUCAGAAUCUCAGAAUCUCAGAAUCUCAGAAUCUCAGAAUCUCAGAAUCUCAGAAUCUCAGAAUCUCAGAAUCUCAGAAUCUCAGAAUCUCAGAAUCUCAGAAUCUCAGAAUCUCAGAAUCUCAGAAUCUCAGAAUCUCAGAAUCUCAGAAUCUCAGAAUCUCAGAAUCUCAGAAUCUCAGAAUCUCAGAAUCUCAGAAUCUCAGAAUCUCAGAAUCUCAGAAUCUCAGAAUCUCAGAAUCUCAGAAUCUCAGAAUCUCAGAAUCUCAGAAUCUCAGAAUCUCAGAAUCUCAGAAUCUCAGAAUCUCAGAAUCUCAGAAUCUCAGAAUCUCAGAAUCUCAGAAUCUCAGAAUCUCAGAAUCUCAGAAUCUCAGAAUCUCAGAAUCUCAGAAUCUCAAUUUUAGCAGUCACAAGAUGA